AGAGAUAAAAUAAAAUAAAGAGAGCCCGAUAGACGCCUCUCGCCCUCCCCACUGAUUCCUCCUGUUCUCGUCUGGAUCCGGCUGCACUCGAGGUCGAGGUCGUCACUGGAAACCUUUUUUUCUCUCCAGCCCUGCGCCCGCUUCCUUACCCAUACUUCUUCCCUUCCCUCCCUCACCGCAGUUAGUCAAUAUCGCUGCUCUGCUGGACCGUGCCUGCCUGCCUGCCUGCCUGCCUGCCCUGGCUGCUGCUCUGCAGAUCAGCUCCAGUUCCUCGAACCUCUCGAGUUCCAAGGAACGCCACCGGCCUUGUUAUCAAGACCCCCAAGACUUUCCGCUUGGCGCAUCGACACGCUAUCAGCCAGGCCUUACCGACUCGGGCGCGCUGCCAAGCAUCACUGCCGGUCGACCGCAGAGAGAAAGGAAGUGUGUGUGUGGGUGAGAGGGCGAACCAAGGGAAAGCAAAACAGCUCGGUGAAUCACCACGACCAGCACAACCACUUGCAAGCGUUAUUUUAUCUCGAUGCCCCCCGGCAGCUAGCAUCACCACCGAUCCGCAUUUGCACCGCCUAGGCCAAGGAACGUUUAAAAGCCAACCGAACAGACAAGUCGAACGAUCCGGGAAUCGACAACUGAGCCAGCGGAACACGCCGAGAUAAACAUAAACAGCCGACAGCGCCUCCAUCUCCAGCAUCUCCAGCACACAACCACUCCCUCACUUCUUCCAAGCCCGCCGCCUGCUGGUACCUUGCACUCGUGGUUCUCCCCCCACGAACACCUUACGACCUCACAGCACACACACACACACACACAAGAGGCGCCGCCCCUGCAAACCGACGCCCGAUCCUUGGCAAGCCGCAGGUCACUGCUGCAGUCGACUCAUCAAUUUUACCUCCCACCUACCUGGUCAGUAACAAAGGGUUCGUGGGAUUGGCUCGAAACCUGCGUCUGCAUCCCUUCCACACCCUCGACGACGAGUGGCGGCCAACCGGAUUGGGACACCUGCUUCUCCCGCCGGGCCCUGCUGAAAAAUCUCGCGUGAGACGUGGAGAGAGAGAGAGACAAGGGGAGAAACCCAGGCUGUGUUGCACAUAGUCAGGACACCCCGUCGCCGAAGGCCGACCUCAGCUUCGAGAACAAUCGGGCCGCUUGACACAGCGAAAAAAAGAAAUCAGCUGCACGACAGAUCUACAGACAUCACAGAUCACGCCCGUGUUCCAGAACGCGCAGACCCAUCAAAACGACAGCAAGGAAAUCGAGAGAGAGAGAGGGGUCCGGGUAGCCGACGCAACCAACCGAAGUGACAGGGCCCAGACAAGACAGGGAAAAGUUGGGGUCAGGUGUGAUUCACUAUUGCAUGGGAUUUGCUGCGUGCGCGCGCACCACCAAGAUCGGCCUUCCCGAUUGAUUGAUUCCUUUUUUCCCGUUUUUGUUUUAUUUCCUGCCGGAACCCAACUGGGGGGACAGACCAAACCCUGUCUCUUGAACCUGGCCAUCCACGGCACGCAAUUGACCUGCUGGAAGUGGGCGCCGCACCUGCCAGUUUCUGUGGCGCACACGCUAAAACGGGUUUCCCUCCUUUGAGUCCAAAACCGGCACAAUGGCGACCACCUUGGCCCCGUUGCCGCCUGCUCAAGCUCCAGCUGCUGCUGCAGCUGCUCCUGCUGUUCACGCUGCCGUUUCACCUGCUACCUCCAUCCCCUCCACAACGGUCUCGGCUGCUCGGACAAUAGCGCCGAUUGUCGAGCAACAACAACAAAAACCAGAACAAAAGCCAGAACAAGAACAAGCCGUCCCAGCAAAACCAGCCUCCCAGCCGACCGCACCCGGCGAGAGCAGCCUAUCGUCGUCGCCACGCCAAUUCCCCACGGAGCUGUCGAGCCCGAUUCUCGAGGAAGGGGAUGAGUCGGAGAGCGACUCGCCCAACGAGCCCGUCACUCCCGUCAGCGGCCGUCAGUCCCAGGAGUUCCACGCGCUGCAGAGCCACAAAGUACACCACCCCAGCUCCUUCUCCUCCUCGGUCGACCACCAUCUCCCUCUGAACCCCCCGGCCGUCGCCGCCGCAAAGAUUCCGCUGAUACUAAACACCAAGGCCACGCCUCCACCCCCCGACCCACAGUCUGUCUCGCAAACCGCCGUCUCCGAGGCACCCUCAGAACACACGCCGCUCUCGCCCGCCGCCUCGGCCCCCAACUCGCCCACUCCCACCUCGACCUCGCGCCGCAACUCGCGAAACCCCCUGCCCUCGUUUGGCAGGCGCUCCUUCAGCAUCUUCCGUCGCUCCAACUCCACCACCGACAAGGCCGCAAUACCCGCCGAGAUGCAUCUCUCCGACGCCUCCAUGAAGCCGCCACCCCAGCAAGUCGGCCGCAGGUGGUCCAUGAACCGCUCAAACCUGCCCUCGCAGUCCACCACCCGCUCCAACAGUCCGCCCUCGCCCUCGUUCGGCAUGCUCUCGCCCAAGGACCGCGCCGCCACCUCGGCCCUGCCGCCUCCGGCCGCCGCCGGCGCCAACGACCAUGUCGACUUUGCCGCCAUCAAGAAGAAGGUCCGCUCCUCGACCGGCCUGAGCUUGAGAUCGCGCGCCGUCAACUUUGUCACUGGCGACAAGAAGAACGUCAACGGCAACGGCAACGGCACCCAGAACGACAAGUCCAAACGCCCACAACCUAGGAGACGGGCUAGCAGCUUCGAUCUCAAGAACGACCAUGCAAAGGCCGCGCCCGCGCCCCAGCAGGCCGCCGGGGAGCCGCCCAUGGUCGAGCUGCUCCGCCAGCCGUGGGCCAUGCCCGCCGAGGCCGGCACCGGCAUGAAGGCCCGGAGGCUCAGCCUGAGCCUGCCUGAUGACUUCACCGUCGACGUGGUGGAGCUUCAGAGCGAGUUUGAGUACCAGUCCAAGCUCCUGGGUCGUCAUGGCAAGCACCUCGGCAAGGGUGCCACCUCCAAGGUGACGCUGAUGAUGCGCAAGGGCUGCCCCGGUGAGCUGUACGCCGUCAAGGAGUUCCGCGGUAAGACGUCGGCCGAGAAGAAGGAGGACUACGAGAACAAGGUCAAGUCCGAGUACAGCAUCGCCAAGAGCCUCCACCACCCCAACAUCGUCGAGACGACGCGCCUGUGCACCGACCACGGCCGCUGGAACCACGUGAUGGAGUACUGCUCAGAGGGCGACCUGUACGGCCUGGUGGAAAAAAAGUACCUGCGCGAAGAGGCGCGCCAGGUCGACCGCCUCUGCCUCUUCAAGCAGCUGAUCCAGGGACUGCACUACCUGCACUCCAACGGCAUCGCCCACCGCGACAUCAAGCUGGAGAACCUGCUGAUCACCAAGGAGAGCAAGCUCAAGAUUACCGAUUUUGGCGUGUCCGAGGUCUUUAGCGGCAUCCACCCGGGCCUGCGCGAGUCGGGCGGCCAGUGCGGCGUGGGCAUGGGCGGCGACGUGCGCCUGUGCUCCCCGGGCCUGUGCGGCAGCAUGCCCUACGUGUCGCCCGAGGUGCUGGCCAAGAACGCCCCCUACGACCCGCGCGGCCUCGACGUGUGGGGCGCCGGCGUCAUCGCCAUCAACCUCUUCUUCGGCGCCCCGCUGUGGAAGGAGGCGCGCGACGACGGCUCCAACCAGCACUACUCGACCCUCGUCCGCGGCUGGAACAAGUGGAACAAGAAGCACGAGGGCGACGAGGAGAAGCUGCCGUCCAACGGCGGCGUGCCCGUCCUCAGCGACCUGGACUACCCCUUUGUCGGUCCCCUCGACUUCGCCAUCAAGCCCCCGGCCUUCCGCAAGCUGCUCCUGCAGAUGCUGAACCCGGACCCGGCCCGCCGCAUCUCCAUCGCCGGCGUCAUCGCCAACCGCUGGCUCAAGAACGUCGAGUGCUGCCAGCUCGAGAGCUACGACGACCCCACCGUCCUGAUCGACGCCUCCAAGAAGAGCAGCUUCAACAACAAGAAGAUCUUUUGCCACAACCACCUACCCCCCGUGGCCUCGGGCAACCACUCGCUCGGCAAGAUGCCCGGACAGGCCGGCUACUAAAGAUGGGGUGCUCGCCCCGACAUAACCUACACACACACACACAUCUACAUAUCAUAUCAACCCACCGACCUCCCCGUCACGCUUUCCGGAUCCACCUCUUACUCGACCGCAUGGAUCAUGACAGGGGCUGGCCUACUAUCGAUCCAUUGCCGCGAUGCCUUUUUUUAUUUUAUUUUUUUAUCCUUGUUUGGCCCCUCUCGGUUCUGUUUGGCACAUUACCUCGGGACCCUGAUGGCGACUUUUCUGAUUUUACGCGCCAGGGACUAUUUCUUCUUCUCUUCACAUCACACACGGUUUACAUCAGGCAUACAGGAUCACUUGGCGUUUUUGUCCUUUUUUGUGGCUUUGUACCGUCCUUAUGUUGCAUGGCGCGGGUGGCGGUGUUUUCUUUUUUUUUGGGGGUGGCCUCGUUUUGUUUCACUCAACAGUUUCAAUCUCUGGCGGCGGGGUGGCGCUUCUGUCUGUUUUUAUGCUCGUACUACACACAUAACCUUAUUCUUAUUUUUCUACUGCACUUUUUAUCAUCCUUUCCUCCCCUUCUUACCCCUCCCUGCCUUGCCUUCCAGUUUCGUGAGUGGCAGACUUGGCUACACACAUAUGAUUUAAUGGAUUUUGUGUGUUUUGCCGGUCGACGACGGACGAACUGACGGACGAACUGACGGACGGACGGACGGACGGCGGCGCACAAGGAUCAGAGCACAGACCAGAUCAGAGAAGGGAAAAAAGAAGAGAGAGAGAGAGAGAAAGAGAGAUUAUGGAGCAGAGAGAUUCCCACUGCCCCGAAUCGAGUCCCCUGGUUUUGCGUCCCAUCGAGUUGCGUUGCGUUGCGUUGCCUUGCCUUGCGUUCCCUGGCGGCUCUAGAAGAAUGGGCGGAGAGAAGCACUUAACCUAGUCAUAUCCGCCAAACCCUACGUAGACCCAACUAGACCUUUUUGCCGGUAACAUCUCAAUUCCAGUCUGCAGUUGCGGUGUCUUUACGAGAGUCUCUUUGAUAUAUCACCGGGGUCGUUUUGUGUGUGUGUGUGUGUCCGAGCUGGCUCCUCUAUGAU